AUGAAGGAUGGAAGUGUGGUUUCAGAUGGGAUCAGCUCAACAAGAACCAGCAGUCUGCUAUUCAGUGGAUGUGAACCUAUAACAUUGUACCCAGAGGGUGACGAGAAGUACACGCUGUUCGCUUACCUGGAUAGUCUGGCGGAGUGGUACGGGGCUGACAGGGAGACCUACGUCAACCUGCCUACUGAGUAUAAGAAACUACGAGACAGGGUUACCUUGGAUACCAUGAUCAUAAAGGAUGAGUACGGGCAGACAGCUCUCCACAUAGCCACUCAGUACUGUUCCGUGGACGAUGUCUCCUUGUUCCUGGACAUGGGUGCGGAAGUUAACGCAACCGACCACCACGGCUACACUGCUCUCUUUUACGCAGCUAUAACCAACAACACAGUCACUGCACAUACUCUCAUCAGUCGUGGGGCGGAUCUAACUGCGCGCGGUACCACGUGCAAUAGAGGUGCACUUCACAUUGCUGCAAUGUACGGUAGUGACGACGUGCUCAGGCUCUUACUUGACAAGGGCUGCAAGAUAGACGAGCAAGAGUCACUAGGCCUGACUCCCAUAGCCCUAGCAGCGUACUACAGAAACUCUAAAACUACUGAGUAUCUUCUGUCGGUCGGGGCUGACCCCUUUGUUGCAGACAAGUAUGGAAUUACAAGUGCCCUCCGGAUGGCAAACACCAUGCCCACUAUGAUACGCGAUGUGUUCCAAACUCUCGUUUCAGAGGAUCUUUACCAAGGGGUGCGGUGCUACAAUCUUGACAAACUGCUGAACGUGAACGAAGACGUGCACAGCUCCCUCUACCACUUCCUGGUAUGGAAAAGGAACAUGGGAAUAGUGGAGCAUCCUGUCUUCAAACAGUUGACGGACGCUAAGUGGCAGCAGUACGGGGCAGGGCCCGCUAAAAGAGAUUUCUUCUUCCUGGGAGUGUAUCAGAUGGUGUGGCUAGGAGUGUACAUGUUAGGCAGCCUCCCUGUCCAGGGUUCCCUCUCUGGUCCUCAUUACUCCCAUAGUACUGUGUACGUAGUGGGCAUCCUCAUGGUCCUAUACAGACUCAGAACUAACUUUUCAGCUCUGUACAGGAGAUACACGUAUUGUGUGUUUGUUAGAAGACUCGUCGCUGUCACCGAACUGUACGAACAGAAUGUAGUUCAUCCAAAAGGACAACAUCUGAUCGAUAAGAACAUAGAUAAGUCUGAUCCGAUUAGUUUUGUCAAUGAUUUGAAGAGAGCUCCAACCUUGAUAAUAGAUUUCCUGAUAGACUUCUGUUUGCUCCUUUACGUCCCGCUAAAGAUAUGUUCCUUUUUCUACCCCCAGCUAUCCAGAAUAGAGAACGUAUGCGGAGCCUGUGUAAUUAUGAUACUGUGGGUGAACGGUUUCUAUAAACUCCAGAUCACUACAAAAAUAGGACCCUUCGUUGUGUUCGUGAAGUACGCUCAGUCUGACCUCAAGAAGGUGAGUAUGAUGUUUUUAGCACUGUUUGCUCCGGCUUUCCUUGUCUUCUACAAGACAAUCUACGUGAAGGGUGGACACGAUCAAAUAGCCAUGACAGAGUCUGGUGACAGAGAGAGAAGAGCUGCUAAACCAGGGGGAGGAACCGGGGGAGUGGAAAUAGAAGUACAAGAUCUGGAGGGUAUUAAUAUCCUCACUACCUUCUUCAGAGUGUUGAGAAUGGUUCUGGGAGACUACGACUAUGAUGAUGGUAUCAUCCGAUCUAACCAAGUUUUAAUAAGGCCAAUAUGGUGGAUGGUUAUCUCCCUGGUGUGGGUGGUUGUUUCAAGUGUCCUAGUCCUCAAUCUCUUGAUAGCGCUCAUGACUGACAGCUACCAGAGGAUCUUUGAGACGGCGGAGCUGGUGGCUAGGAUACAGAGAGCUCAGUUUAUUUGUGACGAGGAAAAAGGAAUGUUAAAAGGAACGCUAAGAAAUUUGACAAAAACUUUAGCAACCGAUCAGCCAUUGAAAGAAUUCUUCGACCCUGUUUGUGAUAGAGAUAGGGUUAGUGUGGUGGAGGAACGGAUCAAGGGUCUUAAUGGCCGCCUCUCUAAGCUGGAGGGGUUGGUUGAAGAUAGACUUUCUUCUUUCUUGAUGACGAAACUUAGCUUUAUCGAGGAAGCGCUCACUGUUUAUAAUCGCUAA